GCUCGUAAGCAUCGCGGCUGCUCAUAUCUCUCACCUGAACUUUGCGGCUGUCUGUGUGUGAGAGAGCGUAAGAGUAAGCGUAUGCGUGUGAGGGUGUGUGUGUGUCCGUACGAGCGUUUGCGAUUGUGAAUUAGUGCGUGCGGGCGCCAAGUUCUUGUGUGCUUAACUACCAACAACAACAGCAUCAUUGAACCACCUGCCACAGCUCUCUGCUAUUUUCAGUGACUGCUAAAAAAGGAGAAAUAAAUACACACAAAAUAAAAGAAUCCCAAACUUCCGGCUGGCGAUUUGCAUAUAAAAAAGCAAACGAAACUGCCGUAAACUCUGUUUUAAUAGCAGCAAAGAAACACCAGUAGCAGCAACAACAACGACAAGAACGACAGUAACGGUAAACAAGCAAAAACAUUUCGCAAAUCAACACAGCACGCAGGAAAGUAGGCAACAGUUUUUGUUGCGCACCAUGGAAAUGGACGUCAAUCGCCAGACACGCCACAAUGCCAACCUAAUGACCAUAUCCGCCCGCUGCUGUGCCAACAACAAUGCAACAACAGGGACAGCAACAACGACAGCAGCAGAGAGUGAAACGCCAGUAGCGAGCGGCUGCUGCGGCAUCUUAAGUCGUUUGUUCUGCGUGAGCCGCCACAAGGCGACACAGUCCGUGGCAGGCACCGAGAGCAGCCAAGGCGACCCGCCGUUCAUGCAGCGCAAGACGCUGACAGCGCAGCCGGCAGCGCAGCGACGUCGACGGACUCCGCAGGAAAUCUAUUUCGAGAGUCGCGGCAAGUCCUGCAAGAAGCUAUUGAAAUUCAAUGGCCAUUCCAAUAAGGUAAGUGCCACAAAAAGCAUCUGCAGCUGAAUAGCUGAACGAGUGUGU